CCAAGCAUUAUUUUAAUAGAAGACAAUAAUGCAGGUGUACAAUUGUCUUGUCACCAUACACAAGAAACAUAGGCCCAUUCCUCUUAUGUAUAAAUACAACCCUGUACGUUCAUGAAUGGCACAAGAUGGACUUCUCGAAAGCAGAUAAAUUAGAGAGCCAAAAUGAGCUUCCACAGCCACAGCAACCAAGCAGAGGCACCAGCUUCCUUAGAACUUGUUUCAAUGGACUCAAUGCCUUAUCAGGAGUCGGGAUACUGUCAAUUCCUUAUGCACUUGCUCAAGGAGGAUGGUUAAGCUUAUUGCUUCUUUUCCUGGUAGCUGUUCUUUGUUGGUACACAGGACUACUUCUACGACGCUGUAUGGAUAUGAAUCCGCUCAUCAAAACCUAUCCUGACAUAGGUGAACAUGCUUUUGGAUAUAAGGGGAGAGCUAUUGUAUCUGUGUUCAUGUAUGUUGAGCUGUUUCUGGUUGCAGUUGAGUUUCUGAUAUUAGAAGGUGACAAUCUGGACAAACUGUUUCCAAACAUGGGGUUCAAAGUUGCUGGGUUGAAAAUUGGUGGAAGGCAAGCCUUUGUUCUACUGACUUCUCUUAUAGUUUUGCCAACUACAUGGUUGAAGAGUUUGGGCAUGCUUGCCUAUGUUUCUGCUGGCGGGGUUUUGGCUUCUUUUAUUCUUGUUAUUUGCAUUUUUUGGGUUGGAGCAGUAGAUAGAGUGGGGUUCCAUGAGAGUGAUGUGCUUUUAAAUUGGAGAGGAAUGCCUACUGCUAUAAGCAUGUUUGCCUUUUGUUAUUGUGGACAUUCAGUUUUCCCCACAUUAUGCAGUUCAAUGAAAGAUAGAAGCCAGUUUUCCAAGGUUUUACUUGUUUGCUUCAUCACAAGCACCAUCAACUAUGGAUCAAUGGCUGUUCUGGGCUAUCUGAUAUAUGGAGAACAUCUGAAGUCUCAAGUGACAUUAAAUCUUCCUAUAAAUAAGAUUAGCACAAAAAUAGCAAUUUAUGCUACUUUAAUCAAUCCCCUCACAAAAUAUGCUAUUGUAACUGCUCCAAUUGCUACUGCCAUUGAAGAAUAUUCACUCUUCUGCAACAGCAGGUCCCUAAGCAUCCUCAUUAGAACAGCAAUUGUGAUCAGCACGUUAAUUGUUGCCUUAACCAUCCCUUUUUUUGGCUACGUGAUGGCAUUUAUAGGAUCAUUUUUGAGUGUCACCGCAUCUAUGUUGCUGCCAUGCCUGUGCUACCUAAAGAUUAACAAAGAUGUUCAAAAAUUUGGGUUAGAGUUGGUAAUAAUUGUAGCUAUUUUGGUUGCUGGGUCAUUUAUAGGUGUAGUAGGAACCUUCACCUCCAUAAAACAAAUUGUAAACCAUCUAUGA